ACCGGUCUACAGACGAGCUGGUAGGCCGGGUCCAGGGAAUAAUUUUUCCCAACCCAAGCAUCCGAAUCGGAACUCAACCGGUUCACAUCACGCCUCUCCGGGUCCUUUUCAAGUAUUCGCCGGGUAAUACCGCCUUUACCCUAAAGGGCGCCGAUUAGGGCAGCGGCCGGCGGGGGCAGCGAGAGUAUUAGCUAUGGAUGGCCAUGACGUUCCGAACGCUGGUGGCGAUGAAAUCCUAAUCAGGGAAGCUCCUCAGCUUGUUAAGGUGCUGAAAGAGAUGAAGGAUGGAUUGGAUGCCGUUAGGAGCAAAUUAGAAACCCUAACCCAGAAGGUGAGGCAAAAGCAAUUCCCAACAGCAGAUGGGAUGAGCUACCUAGAGGCAAAGCAUCUUUUGCUUCUGAGCUACUGCCAGUCCAUUGUCUACUAUUUGCUUCGCAAGGCAAAAGGGUUGUCAAUUGAGGGCCAUCCUGUUGUUCGGAGCCUUGUGGAGAUCAGAUUGUUUCUCGAAAAGAUUCGUCCAAUAGAUAAGAAGCUGGAGUACCAAGUUCAAAAGCUCACCCGGGCUGCUGGGAAUGUUGCAUCUGAGAAGACAGUGAGCGUCGAUGUGAAUGAGAAAGAUGAGAGACAAAAGGAGGAGGACCCAUUAAAGUACCGCCCAAAUCCUGACAUGCUUGUUAGCAAGUCAACACAGGAUGCCCAGGAUAAUGGAGGCGUUUACCGUCCCCCAAGGUUUGCUCCUACAAGCAUGGAUGAGGAUAAGAUAACAAAACAGGAGAAGCAGGCUUUGAGACGGGAAAAAGAAUUGUUGCGACAGGCAAAACAAAGUUCUUAUGUUAAAGAGCUGAUGGAUAACUUUGAAGAUAGACCAGAAGAGGUGAAAGAAAUUGUAGGAGCUGAAAGCAGAGAGCUUACAAGGUACAUAGCGAAGCGAGAGGAGCGUGCCAGGCAGGAAGAAGAGCUUUUUAUUCGUGCGCCAGUUGCAAAAGUGGACAAAAGAAUAGAGAAGCACAUGAAGAAGUCAAGAAAUGGAUUGCUGGGCUUGGCCGAUGGAUUCUACGAUGAAAUCAGAACAUUACAUCUAGAAGAGAAGGAAGACGACAAUAGUACUAGCUACAUAAAUGCUAGUAGGGGAAGGAAAAAGAAUAAUAAGCGCAAGAGGAAACACUGAGAAGCAAUCCCCAGCGGUCAUUUCUUACUGCGUGGUGUUUGGCAUGCAAGGCCAUCAAUGGAGCUCAAGAUUUUGCUGAUGAGAGUUGAUUAGAAAGCCCAUAAGUAUUAGCAUCCAUGAGUUUGCUUGUCGCACAGGAGAAACAAGAGAAAUUCAAGAUGAUGUAGCUCUAUGCUAGUUUUUACCCCUGCUGUUUCCUCAAGGCUAAUCUGUUUAAUUUAAUUUUGCAAACCUGGGUAUGUAUAAUCAAAUUAGAUGGUUUGUUUGCCUUUUAGCUUUAUAUUGUCGGGAUUUUAGUGUGUUAGUCCUCUGAAACUAAGGACUUUAGGGUCUUAUUAAUGCAUCUCCUGAAGAAGCUUCUUUUGAGGAUUAUUGAUUUCA